AUGCACAAAUUAUAACCAAUUAUUCCUGACUGGGAUUUAAAUCCACAUACAGUAAUUGUUGGAGGCGGACCUGCUACAUUAUGCUUUUUAAUAUAAUUAUUAAGAAAGGGAAGAUUAAAUGAAAUGUUAAAAGAUGAAUGUUUUGUCAUUUUAGAUAAAGGAGAGUAUUUUGGAUGUGGUCAUUUACAUUAAAAAGUUGUAACUUGCAAUUAUACUGGAAUUAAUUUAACUAGAUUGAUUCUUAGGGAUCCUUUUUAUCAGCAAAAAGACAUAUUCGACAAUUUAUUUCAAAGAAGGGAUAAAAGUAGUUUUUAAGAAAAAUAAAGCACCAAAAACAAUUUUAGCAAAAAUGAAAUAAAUUUAGAGUCUACUUAAAAACAGAAUAUGAAUUAAAGGACAAGUUUAAAUUUUAAAGUUGAUGGAAAUAUUUUUGUUGAUUUAGAAAAAGCUAAGCAAUUCUAUGAGGCUUCUGUUAUAGGAGCGUUUAGAGAAAUUAUUUCUACAUAAACAUUUUAGGAAUUAAUAAAAUAUGGAAACCAAUAUCCUCCAACUUCUUUGGUUUCGUAUUAUCUACAAUUAAUUGGAAAUACACUUUUAAGAUACAUUUAUAAUAUUAAAUAGAAAGUUGUUUUUAAGGCUUAUCAUUUUGUUAGAUAAAUAUAAUUUUAAAAUGAUGGUAAAUUCAAUGUACGAGUUUAAAUUAUGAAUCCUGACGAUGAAUAAAAGUCUAGUGCAACAGAAUUAGAUGAAUCAAAAGCAUUCGAGCCUAAAGUUUUAGAAAAUUUCUAAAAUAUUUGCUGCAAAUCACUAAUAGUUGCUAAAGGUUAAAUAUAAAAUAAUUUAGAUUUUGAUAUUUUAAGAUAAAAAUAUUCUAAGAUUUAGUAAAUUAGCAGCGAAUACUUUUUGAAAGAUAAAGGAUGUGUAGAAGUAUUUAAGCAGUUAAAUAAGUUUUAAUAAAAUAAAAAAGUAGUAAUUAUUGGAGAUUCCUAUAAUGCUUUUGCUUGUGCUUAUUUGUUAUUAAAUGGACCUAAACUUUAUUAAUAUGAUGAGCUAGAUGCAAAUGCAAGUAGCUAGUUUGCCUUUAAAAGAAAAUCAUAUAAAUGCUAAGAGUGCUUUUGUGAAGAAUAAUAAACUCAAAGUGGAACAUCAUCACAGGCAAAUACUUAAUCUCAAUUUGAGAAGUCAACAAAUAAAAAAAUAAAAGAAACUAAACAAACAAAAGAAAACUCAAAAAAUUCUAAGUGUAAAUGUUUUGGUAAUAUAGAAUAAAACAAUUUCUUGUGGAAAAGAGUUUCAUUUUUGAAGCCUGAAUUUAAAAAGGGAGAGAUUAUUAUUGCCCAUAGCAGUGAAAUAAAAGUUCAUUUUCAAACUGAAAAAGAAGCCAUUGACUGUGAUUAUAGUCGUUUUUAAGGUAUCUCUAAAAAUAAAGAUGGUGAAAUCCAUGAGCUUACAGGACUUAAAUCUCCUUUAAGAGACUUAUUUUAUGAUAUAAUUGAAGGCUAUGAAUAAAGAAUUGAUUUGGAGCCUUUCAGAACAGAUGAAGAACUUGAAAAAAUUCUUGGAGACGAUACAAAUUUGAUAAUAAAUGCUACUGGAUUUUGUUCAUCAGAACUUAUUAUUAAAGAUCUUCGUGGAAAUCAAAUUAAUCUUCUAAAAGAAGAAAACGAUGGAGUUUUUGAAGUAGAUGAAUUUUGUAGGAUAAAGAGCUAGUAAGGAAGUUUAAAAAGUAUAUAUGGAAUAGGUGAUAACUUUGCACUACCAUCAAAUCAUAUCUCUAUAUAAUCAGAAACACACAAAUCAAAGAUCAUAAGAGUUAGAGAUCUUAAGUAUUAUAAUAGUGUUAUUCCAGAUUUGAUGAUUGAAAGUUAUUUUAACAGCUUAAGAAAUUAUAAGGAUAUUGAAAAGUACAUAUAAUAUCAAGACUCGGACUACCCUAUAGAUGCAGAGAGCUUCAACAAGAAAUCUCCUCAAAAAUAUUAUUAUAAUAGUUUUUAAUCUAAUUCAGAUGAUCCUGAGUUAAAUAUGAAUUAGCACUUGGCAAAGAUUGAAAAAAUGAAUAAGAUAAAUUUCUAAAGAGCAGAAAACUUUCAUAAAAAAUCUAAAAUAUGA